AUGAGCCUCAACUCCUCUCUGGGCCACUGGAAGGAGCUGAGCAACCGCACGGGGGCGGCCGCCGGGGAAGGGGGCGCCGUCGUCGCCGAGUUCAUCGCCAUCGUGGUCAUCACCAUCUUCGUCUGCCUGGGCAACCUGGUCAUCGUGGUCACCUUGUACAAGAAGUCCUACCUGCUCACCCUCAGCAACAAGUUCGUCUUCAGCCUGACGCUCUCCAACUUCCUGCUGUCGGUGCUGGUGCUGCCCUUCGUGGUGACCAGCUCCAUCCGGCGGGAAUGGAUCUUCGGGGUGGUCUGGUGCAACUUCUCCGCCCUCCUGUACCUGCUCAUCAGCUCGGCCAGCAUGCUCACCCUCGGCGUCAUCGCCAUCGACCGCUACUACGCCGUCCUGUACCCCAUGGUGUACCCCAUGAAGAUCACGGGGAACCGCGCGGUGAUGGCUCUCGUCUACAUCUGGCUCCACUCCCUGGUCGGCUGCCUGCCCCCGCUCUUCGGCUGGUCCUCCGUGGAGUUUGACGAGUUCAAGUGGAUGUGCGUGGCCGCGUGGCACCGGGAGCCGGGCUACACGGCCUUCUGGCAGAUCUGGUGCGCCCUGUUCCCCUUCCUGGUCAUGCUGGUGUGCUACGGCUUCAUCUUCCGCGUGGCCCGGGUCAAGGCCCGCAAGGUGCACUGCGGGGCGGUGGUGCUGGGGCAGGAGGACGCCCAGGCGACCGGCCGCAAGAACUCCAGCACCUCCACGUCCUCCUCGGGCAGCCGCAGGAACGCCUUCCAGGGCGCCGUCUACUCCGCCAACCAGUGCAAGGCGCUGGUCACCAUCCUGGUGGUGCUCGGCGCCUUCCUGCUCACCUGGGGCCCCUACAUGGUGGUCAUCGCCUGCGAGGCGCUCUGGGGCGAGAACUGCGUGCCCCCGCGCCUGGAGACCUGGGCCACCUGGCUGAGCUUCGGCAGCGCCGUGUGCCACCCGCUCAUCUACGGGCUCUGGAACAAGACGGUGCGCCGGGAGCUGCUGGGCAUGUGCUUCGGGGACCGGUACUGCCGGGAGCCCUUCGCGCAGCGGCAGCGGACGGCCCGGCUCUUCAGCAUCUCCAACAGGAUCACAGACCUGGGCCUGUCCCCACACCUCACGGCGCUCAUGGCCGGCGGACAGCCCCUGGGGCACAGCAGCAGCACGGGGGACACGGGCUUCAGCUGCUCCCAGGACUCGGGGACGGACGUGAUGCUGCUGGAAGACUACCCGUCUGAGGACCAGCCUCCCUCCCACUCCGCGUUCCCACCCAAGAGGAGGAGCUCGGUGACCUUCGAGGACGAAGUGGAGCAGAUGAAAGAAGCUGCCAGGAACCCCAUCCUCCACGUGAAAGCCGACGUGCACAAAUCUUUGGACAGCUACGCGGACAGCCUGGCCAAAGCCAUCGAGGCGGAAGCCAAAAUCAACCUGUUUGGGAAGGAGGCAUUGCCCGGGGUCCUGAUGGUGGCGCGGACCAUCCCGGGGGCCGGCUUUGGGGCCAGCGGAGGCGGCCGAGCCCUCGGGAGCCAGAGGCUCCUGCUGCAGAGCAUCGAGGAGGGGAGCGUGCCAGCCGCGGAGCAGAAGUGA